GCGUGUGCCGCUCUGAUCAGUUCAAGUGCGCCAACGGCCGCUGCAUACCCGAGGAGUGGCGGUGCAGCAGAUACAACAUCUGUGGCGACGACAGCGAAGAGCGCGACUGCUGCACCGGAGACUACUUCGUGUGCGGCAACGGCACAUGUAUCCACAAGCGUCAUGAAUGCGACGGCAUGAACAACUGCAAGGACUGGACAGAUGAGAAUCAUUGUUGCACCGGCGACCACUUCGUCUGCGGCGACGGCAGAUGCAUCCGGAAGCGUUGGGAAUGCGACGGCUGGAAAAACUGCAGGGACUGGAGUGAUGAGAAACAUUGCUGCACCGGCGACCACUACGAGUGCGGCAACGGCAGAUGCAUCCACAAGCGCUGGGAAUGCGACGGCAGGAACAACUGCGAGGACUGAAGUGAUGAGACGCAUUGCGCGUGCCGCUCUGAUCAGUUCAAGUGCGCCUACACUGGCCUAUGCAUAAACGAGACGCGGCGGUGCGACGGAAACAACGACUGCAGCUUCUUCAGCAGCGACUACAGCGACGAGGACGGCUGUGCUAACCGGCCACCCGACGUCCCCCGCUUGACUGUCACGCCUGCCGUGACCUCCGCCAGCGUUUCUUGGACGAGGAGGAGGCAGCAAUUUUUCAACGUAAC